AUGAACUUUUUAAUUGGUGGUGGCACGGGAUUAAUAGGUCGAUCCCUUGUUUCAUCACUUCGAUCAACUGGACAUAAUGUACAAGUUAUCACACGCAGACCAAAGGAAAGAAAUGAUUUGAGCUGGGAUUCUAUCAAGAAGAAUGGUUUACCAAAAGAUGUAGAUGUUAUUGUAAAUUUGAGCGGUCGAAACGUUGGUGAAGUUAACCCACUAUUUCUUAUUAAACAGAAUUAUGAUAAAUAUAUUGACGAAGUUUUUUCCAGUCGUUUAGAUACAACCAAGCUUCUUGUUGAUUUAUCAAAAUCUGCCCCAAUUAAAGCAUUCAUAAAUGCAUCAGCGAUUGGUUUCUACCCUCCUGAUCCGCAAAUCACAUAUGAUGAAUCUGCUCCAUUCAGAGACUGUGGCUUUAUUACAAAUCUUGUUAAACGAUGGGAAGAUGCGGCUCAAAUACCCUCUAGACCUGAUAUUCGUCAAAUUCAACUGCGAAUAGGUGUAGUUCUUAGCCAAGACUCGAGUUUCAUUCGUACUUUUCACCGCAUUUAUCUCCUGGGGUUUUGUAAUCCGAUUGGUACUGGUCGUCAAUGGAUAUCUUGGAUUCAUUUAGAUGAUAUGGUUAGAAUAAUUGAAUACGUUGCUGACUCUAAACGAGUUUUUUCAAGCGGACCUGUCAAUUGUACAUCACCUAAAUCUGUUCAACAGGUUACUUUUGCUAAAGCCAUGUCUGAGUCACUUGGUGCUCCGAGUAAUAUCCUUUCCAAUGUUCCAGUCCCAUCGUUUCUUUUUACUUAUCUCCUUGGUCGUGAUCGUGCUUCCUUAGCUGUAGACGGUCAGCGUGUGAUUCCUAAGAAGCUCCUCAAUGCAGGGUUCGAGUUCACUUAUCCUGAUUUAGCAGAUGCUUUGGAGAAUAUUUUCGGUCGUCGACCUCGUUCAUAAAAGUCACAUUUUAACUUUUUAUUGAACGAAGUUAUCUCUUAAUAAAAUAUAACUAACCAUGUUUUUCUCUUGUUAUCUGUCCAACCAUGAUAGUUAAAUCUAUUUGCACCUAAGUACCUUUCUACUGUCUCACAUAUGCAUUAUUUUUUCCAACGCUAAUAUUAUGACUCUUCCUACAUGGAGACUUUGUGUUAUGUAGCUGUUUCACCACUCACCAGUAAAUUCGAAAUAUUUCAGUUUUUAGGAGCUAGUUUUUGCUACUUUGUGUAUAACUAAGCAAUACAAUUCUUUAUAUUCUGCAAGUUUUUUUUGCUCUGCUAUGAUUUGUAAUGAUCGUCGAACGUGUGUGUCGGUCGAUAACACUAAUAAAAUCUAUCUUAGG